GCAAAAUCCAAAGGCGGAACAGUUCCAAACAAAAUCCAAGGCGGAACAGUUACGAUGGUGUACAUCCCCACGGAGCUGGUGCUGGAGAUCCUUGUACGGCUACCAUGGACCUCGCUCCGGCGGCUGCGCCUCGUCUGCCGGACCUGGCGCGACCUCGUCCACGAUCGGACGACGGAGAUGAAGCAGUGCCGCGACGCCGUGCCCCUCAUCGUCACCACGGAGUCCGUCUACGUCCUCGACGACCAAGGGUCCUCCAACUCCAAGGCCGUCACACCUCGAGAGCUGUGGCCAGGCCGCACAACUGCCUGUAACAUCUACAAAAACAUGGAGGUGGUCGGCGCCUGCAACGGCGUACUCUGCCUGUGCGACGAUGCCAGACCUGGUGGCGCCAUCACCCUGCUUAACCCGGUCACCGCCGACAUCCUGGCCCUCCCGCCGAUCCCGUGCGCCGGCGUGUUCAGGCGCCACAACACGCGCCGCCCUGGCCGAAGCUGGCACCAGGCGUACAGCUUCGGGUACCACCACGCGACGGGGCAGUACAAGGUCGUGCACGUCCCGUGCUUCUUCAAGACCAAGGAGACGCUCCAUGUGUUCACGUUGGGGGAGGCGUCCUGGAGGGAGGUUCCGGUGCCUGAUGCCAGAUGCAGACUUGACGCCGGCCUUGUCAGCGUUAGUGGGGCUACCUACUGGGUCACGGAGGGGUCCAAGGAGAAGAUCAUGGCUUUCGACCACCGGAGCGAGCAGGUGAGAUCCACAAAGCCAUUGCCCAUGUCGGCCAGACGACCCAUCUGCCAGCUGACUCAGGUGCAUCGCAGGCUGAGCGCCGCAACUAGCGACCAAAUCCAUGGACGCGGCAGCAUCGAGGUAUGGGUUCUUGAGAGCACGGGGAUGGAGCAAACCUGGGUUCAUCAACAAAGCUUACGUUAUCUUCCCUCGCCGUGGCCAUCGGUAAAACUCGCACAUCCAAACUACAUCUACAGAGAGUAUGAGCUAAUGUUUGGGGACCCCAAAGGGCAAGGCCAGAAACUGUUUGGGUGGCGGCUUAAGCCAACCAAUUAUGUGACACGGUCGGAGUGCAGUGUUUGGAACUACUAUUCUUUCGACAAGCCACUAGUUUCUGAUAUAAGAGGCGAUGUUUGUCGGACACUCGAGUACAUCAAGACCACAGAGUCACUGAGUGUUUAUAGGCGUUGGUGACCGACUAUACCAACUAUGAAUGGAUUUAUUUGCAUGUCAUAAAUUAAAGUCGGCCUGCUAGUUGUUAUUUACCUAUUCAAAUUCUCUAUCUCAUUUGAAGACAAAUUCGCUAUCCCUUGUACUGUUAGUUUUUUACUGGAUUGAUCUUAAGUCAA